AUGUCCACCCUGAAGCUCACUGAGGUGUUCCUCCUGCUCUGUGCAGCAACCCAUCUCUGCAGCAGCUCUGAAGUUAACAGUCUGCCAAUAACAACGGUGGACUGCAGCAUAUAUAAGAAGUACCCAGUGGUGGCCAUUCCUUGCCCUAUCACAUACCUGCCGGUUUGUGGUUCUGACUACAUCACCUACGGGAAUGAAUGUCACCUGUGUACUGAGACCUUGAAGAGCAAUGGAAGAGUUCAAUUUCUUCAUGAAGGAACAUGUUAA